AGGGGCCCGUUGCCGGGAGACACCCGAGGGGGGCAAAAGCCGCUGGAGGCCGGGAAUGUGGCCCCCUUUGCCUCGGCCAGGGCAGGGCAUGUCGGUCCCAGGGGUGCUGCCCCUGCUUCUUCUCCUUGGCCCAGGACUUAUGGAAGCCUCUAAAUACCUUUACUCCGAAGUGGUGAUCCCACAAACGCUCGAUCCGAAAUCUGGCUUCUCCACUAAGAGAGAAGUGUCUUAUGUAAUUAGAAUUGAAGGAUCUGACAGAACUAUUCACCUUCGACAGAAAUUCUUUAUAUUUCGAAAUAUGCCUGUUUACUCCUUUAAUACAGAAGGAAAACGUCAAGUGCAGAACCCAUAUAUCCAGGUGGACUGCUAUUACGGAGGAUAUGUGGAAGCCUUGCCAGACUCCAACGUCAUCCUGUCUACCUGCCACGGGCUUUGGGGACAUAUACAGAUUGGACAAUUGCAGUAUGAGAUACAUCCUUUUGAGGGUUCCUCUACGCACCAACACUUUCUCUACCGCAUGGCCCCAGAGCAGCAGGAGCCAUGCAGAGGGAUCCCUGAUCCCCAGAAGCAGCUGCCGAGGCAUGAGAUAGAAUUUACUCCAGCCACAGUGUCCUCCGAGGAGAAGACAGAGUUCCCCGGAGCUGAUGCACCAUCCAGAUACCUAGAGUAUUUUGCUGUUUGCGACAAUUCCAUCUAUCAGCAGAAAAAGAAAAACGUGACUCAGGUGAUAUUGAUGGUGCUUCAGAUUCUAUCUGUCCUUCACAAUAUAUAUGACGACAUAGGUCUUCACGUUGUUUUGACAGGAGUAGAGGUGUGGACAAGGCAAGAUCUGGCAGGCAGCGAUGCCGGUUUGCAAGAUUUUCACGACUACGUCACCUCUGAGCUUCGGACCCAAGUCCAUUUUGACCACGCCUCUUUAUUCACGGCUGUGGGUCAACAUAAUUCCUUUGGGAACUCGUGGGAAGAACGUUUUUGCCUUCAGGAUCAUGUCUCAGUUUCUUCUGUCAGAACAUCCUUGUCUUUAACAGAUGACGGCGUAUCAGCCGCCCAUCAGCUGGGCCACGCAGUCUUUGGCUUUGUCCAUGACGACCUUCCAGAGCUUAAAGGCAGAAGGUGUGACUGCACCUGCACCUCGGAGCGUGGCCACUGCGUCAUGCAUUCAGCCGUUGCAGGGUGUCACCGAUUUAGUAACUGCAGCAAAAAUGCAUAUUACGAAUUCCUAGCAAACCGGGGGAAAUUUUGUUUGCUGAAUCUGCCUAGGGACUCGUUUGAAAGCUACUCUGAGAAUACAUUUAACAUAAAGAUGUGCGGAAACGGAGUGGUGGAAGGCGAGGAAGAAUGUGACUGUGGUAGGCCUGAGGACCUAAAAGAACUGCGGGACGUGGCUUCGCUAUCGGAAAGCAGAGUACAAGAACUGAAGAGGCUGGAGGAGUGCCAGAAAAAUAAUUGCUGCCAAGAGGAUUGCAGGCGGAAACCAAACGCAGUGUGUACUCAUGGACUCUGCUGUGACAACUGCAAGAUUGUCACCGAAGGGAAAGAAUGCCGGGAAGCGGCUUCUGAAUGUGAUUUCCCCGAAUACUGCAAUGGGGUUUCCUCCAAAUGCCCCCCGGAUGUGUACAAGCAAAAUGGGAUGCCGUGCGGCACCAAUGACAUCUGCUAUUCGGGGAAAUGCUUCAAUGCUCACCAGCAGUGCGAAGAGAUCUUUGGCAAAGGUGCAAAAAGUGCUCCGCUGAGUUGCUACAAAAAAGUCAACGUGAGAGGAGAUCGGAUUGGCAACUGCGGCAGGAAUAAAUUUGGGUACAAGAAAUGCAAAGAAGAAGAUGUCCUUUGCGGAAGGAUCCAAUGCAUCAACAUCAAUAAAAUCCCAAGAUUCGCAGCUGAACAAUCUGUAGUUCAGACUCCCACGGACAAUCUAUUGUGUUGGGGCAUAGUUUCCCACAAAGGGGAUGACAUGCACGACGCUGGAGCGAUAGCAGACGGAUCAGUGUGUGGUGACAACAAGAUAUGCAUAAAAAGAGAAUGCGUUGACCUGAAAGUUCUGAAUUAUGAUUGCAAUUUCACAAGAUGUAACAACCAGGGGUUCUGCAACAGCAACAAGAACUGCCACUGCAGUUACGGAUGGGCCCCUCCCUAUUGUGCUGGCAAGGGAUUUGGAGGAAGCCUGGACAGCGGUCCUGCUCCGGAACUAUCGAACACCAGGAGGUUUGUAAUGUUGAGUUCUAUGCUUGGGAUUGGUGUGCUUUUGCUGGCUACUGUUAUAAUGUUCAGGAACUCUAUACAGACCUGGUUUGGAAGACUAAUCAGUGAUAGAAUAUCUCCGAAACCUAUCGAUUCUGCUUCGGAAAGUACUGAGCAGCUCAGUGAUGAAGAGGAACAGAGUGACUGACACACCAUCCCUCUGUAACCUUGCGGAGGACGCUGCCCAGGGGUCAACGGAGAGCCAACAAUCAACAGAGGGCAUGUUGCUCUGCUGCGGACUUGAGUCUGGCUGACUCAUGCAGCAGAAGACAUUUCUCAUACCUGAAGAUUGUGGAGGAGCGUGUGGUGGAGAAGGGAGGGCGCUCCCUCUGCCUGCUGCUUCCCGGCUCCUCACCCAGCACCCUCUUCCGCUACUGAAUCUCUUGUUUCUUUGCCCAAUCUCAUCAUUUGCCUUUGAACAAAGUGUUCCGUCUUCCAAUGCUGUAUAUAUGGUGUGCUCCAGGCACAAAUCGACACUUCAGUUCUGAGAAAUAAAUCACACAUCAACCUCA